GUGCAUUUUUCAUUAUAAAGACCAUUAGUCACCUUUCAACAUCCACUUUUCAAAGAAAUUGAGUUAUGAAAACUUGGGUAUUGAUUUUAACACUUACUGUCAGCAAGUACCGAGUCUUACGGAAUUCUUCUUCAAGGUGAAAAUUAAUAAGUGGUUUAUUGGCUGUUGUCACAAAAAACGCGAGAUUUAUACUGUUGAAAAUUGAACCCACUGUGUAUGCUGUGUUUUCAUAUUUUUUCUCAUAUAAACACCUACACCAGUAAAACGAACCUUGGAUUGCGACCACACGUACACUUCUGAACAACGCUUGAUUUUCAGCACAAAACGGUAGACUCACACAUCGUCGUCGCCAUCCGUCGAUGGAAUGACGUGCGAAAGAGUAGAAGUAGAAGUCGGUGAACCAUCGAAGCAAAACGACUGCGCUUGUUUGUUGUGUCGCGGUAUUUACUGUUCGGUAUUUCAAUGUGCCUUUUCUGACAGAUGCCUAUCGCAUUUGGUUUUAUUGAUUUGUUAUCAGUCUCAGUCGCGAGUGAUAUCGUUAUCAGCACGGAGCUAGCCGGUGAAUUCUACGGGAAGAUCCGCAAUCGAAUGAUUGCUGAAAAUUAGUGUUUGCGAGCAGGAAAAAUAAAUGGUGGAUAAAAAGAUCUCGGUUUGAUUUGUGUUUGUUCAUAGAUAGUGAAAAUCUCGUUAAAUACUGUGCAAUAGUAAAUUUCAACUAAUAUUAAAAGCAGUUGAAUGAAUCUAGUGAUAUCUAGUAGGCGGUUUAACGGCACCACAUUUACUAGCGGAUAAAUGAGCAGAAACAUGAAGCGUCAGCUGGAGAAGUUUAAGGAGGAGAUCAAAUCAAACCUGUCCAGGUCUAGCAAAGCGGAGAAAAAUGCCGACGGUUUGCAGGAAGUCGAGCGGGAGGUCGAUCGGUACAAAGACAUUCUUCAGAACCUGAACAAGCGGAUAGCGACUACCGUGUCCGCCGGGCAGCCGCAGGAUGUGGCAGCGAAAGAAAAGCGGGUACGCAAAAUAGCCGAGUUCCAACUCGGUCAGCUGAUGGAAGAUUCAUUCAAGGAUCUACCUGCCGGGCUGCUGCGGGACGUCUUGGAUAGAUGCGCUCGCCUUGAGAAAACAGUUGCAUCGGAGAUCGUGAACAACGAGAUUAACGUCGAGAAUUCGGUCAGUAAAAACCUAAACGACAUCAUCGAGCGACAUCUGGCCACGAUUCAGAAACAAAAACGCAUCGUAAGCAAAUGCCACCAGGAGUACGAAGCGACCAGGCAAAAGUAUGAUUCAGCGCAACGCAACAAUGACCAGCUCGGCAAUCAGGCUAAGCUAACCCAGCUCAAAGAUGACCAGGAGGAAUUACACAACAAGCUUGAAAAGGAGCGAGAUUUGUACGAAUCGUACAUGUACGAACUGUUGGCCGAGGAGGAGAACAUCGCUAACUAUGUUAAGGAAUACGUCAAACACCAGGAAUUGUACUAUACCUCGGCACUGCGGGAGAUCCAGAGUACCAUCAAUAGCAUGGAUGGCUUGUUCCGCCGAAAUAAUAAACAAAUUUUCCACACGCCCCUGCGAGAGCAUCUGAAAGCGACGAAUCGUAAAAUCGCUUACGUCAUCGAGCUCUGUGUCUGCUGUUUGCUAGAGAAAGGCCUCUAUGAGGAAGGACUGCUGAGAGUUGGCUGUGCUUCUUCCAAACUACGACGAAUGAUCUCGGCUAUCAACGCUAACUACGUGACACCUCCGCUGGCGGACAAAUAUGCCGAUCCCCACGUGACGGCAGGAGUUCUGAAAAAGUAUCUCCGCAGCCUGCCAGACCCGCUGCUAACGUUCGAGUUCUAUCCGGACUUUGUGGCGGCCGCCCAGAAACAAAACGAAGCUCAACGGAAGGCGGCUAUCCUGAACAUCGUUAACCAACUACCGAAGGAAAACUACGACAAUCUGCGAUACCUCACCAAGUUCCUGUCUUAUUUGUCGGAAAAGAAUCAAGAGAACAAAAUGUCACCGCAGAACAUUGCGAUUGUGAUGUCACCAAAUCUGCUGUGGUCACCGAAUGAGAAUGAAAAUUAUAUCGAUCAAGUUAACAGUACUGCGACGGUGAAUACAAUUGUGGAAGCAUUAAUAGCCGAUUGGGGAUUUUUCUUCGACGGAGAGGUAAAUUUUUACACAAGCAUGAGCCGAGAUUCACUGUUCCCGGAUAACGGUGGAUUUCCAGUGGAUAAAGACUUUCCGGUGAGAGCUGCACCCAAUGACUACAUGUCGAAAUCAAUGAUCGUUACCAUGAUGGGUAGUCAGGAUGAGAUUCGGUAUUACAACAGCGGCGGAGGAGGUAGUGGAGGCGGGGGUGGAGAAGGGGGGACAUACAACAACAACAACUCCCAAAAACCGUCGACAUCACAUUCCCGCAGCAGCAGUCACGAUACUAGUCUUAUUCUAAUCAACAGCAAUGAUCAGCUCAUCAAACAUCGCAGUCAGUCGAACAGUUCCCUAUCGGAUCAUUCCAGUCCGCCUCAUGACAGCAGCCCGAAACCAACGGUUCGAAGAAAACACAACAAACAGGCGGCGCCGACACCGCCGGACAGCCAUCACAAGAAUAGCACACCAACAGUGGCCAGUAGUAAGCAAAGUUCGCGUGACCAAAACACCAAGAUCCAGUCAAACACGGCUGCCUAUUUCAAGCAGUUGAACAAUAAUGGUAUCGGUCGUGACCGGGACGACGAUGGGUUCCAGUCGUUACAGCAUCACGCCUACAAACAGGCCCAGCAAGAGUACGCCAGCGAACGGCAACCGAUGAUGCGAACCGAAAGCCACGAUGACCUGUUGAAGAUUAAGUCGGGUGUCGGAGCAGCGGGCGAUAAGAUGCCUCCUCCGCGACCCGCAGCAGUAAGCAUCGGGGAGAGUCAAACGCUGAACCGAACCAAGGGGCAGCAAAAUUUGUACCAACAAAAUAACAAAUUACCAAAUGCUCCUAAUUGUGAUAGUACCAGCAGUUUAGGUAGUAAGGAGAAUAAGGAAAACCACAAUCGGCCCUCGUGUCCACUUCCGGUCAAACCGGUGGCACUGCCGAGAACAACGCUAGUAUCAGCCAAGACCCCGACUGGAUCGGGUCCGAACGGAAACAGUACCGACGACGACAGUGGGUUUUCUUCGUCUACGACGAUUCGCGAAAAACCCGUAAUCCCAGAACGGCCCGCAAUUCUACUGAGGCCACAAAGCUUUAAGGGUUCCGUUCCGGAAAUAUCCAAGGUUAGUGAGGGAAUGAACACCUUCAUCAGUACUACCAACUCACUGAAGAAAGCACAAAGUUUCCGGGGAGAAACUAGCAGCGGUGCUAACAAGGACAUCGGUUCAACUGUGCUAGAAAGGGCACAGGUCUACAAUAUUGACAAGCAACAGGUUGCGAUUAUAGACGUAGCAGAUAAACAGUCGGGUGAAGAGAAAGCUAAGAAAGACAAAGUGUGCUUGGCACCGAUCACAACGGUACCGGAGGGUAUUCCUCCCCUGGCGAUGAUGGAAUCAACCGGCUCGCUUGGGAGUGAUCUACAGUCACCUGAGAAACCAACGGCCGAACAAACGGCGGAGGAGGACACGACGUCGGCAGCAAGUGCAAGCAAUGUCGCAAUCACUACUAGUCUUCAGCAGGUGCCACAAUCUCCGCGUGGAUUUGACCAGGCCAAAAUAAAGCGACCGCAGGUUCCGGCACCACCACCGCCAGUGGGGCGGCCAAAAUCAUCCGACUCGACGGAUUUAUAACAGUGUGAGCUACUGAUAUAAUCAAGCAAAAAGGGUAUUUAUGUAUAAAAUAAUAACAUAAAAAGCGUGCGGUGCCAAACGAACCGAAGCGAUAGGGACGAAAAGUGGCGAUUUGUGGUAUUUUGCUGGAUGUGCUGGAGGCCAAUAAAGACUAGAACUGAGUUUUCCUGCAUUUAUAAUGCAUUUGCUGUCUUUGUAUUCAACCUUGAAGCAUUUUCAAAACUCAUUUUCUUGAAAAGAAUUAUUUUUCGUUGGAUAUAUUCGGUCAGGUUGUUUCAAAUUCAAACUAAGUUGGUUAAGAUAAUGUCAAUAGCACUGCGCGACAUAAAAGCAAUUAUUUUCAAUGCACACGAGUGUUCUCACUCAUUCAUUUUUUUUGGAUAGCAACAAAUGGUCUUAAGAAAACCAUCGUUAUCUCCGAAGUAAUUUUUUGUUAAAUAAUGAUUGUUGUGUUUAUUAUAAUUACUGUGAUAUAUCAGAUUCAAUCACAUGCGAGAAAAACUGGGACUCAGUCUUUCAACUCAAAACGAAAGUUUUUUUGUACGAUUCGUGUUAUUCAACCAUUUCUGUUUUCCUAAGGCUUGAGCGCUUAAAUCAUUCAAAAAGCAAAGUAAAGUUAGGGUACUAAAUUCCAUGGCGGAACUUGACCUUCUACUUCUACUGACUCCCGAAAACCAACUUGUGAGUGUACAUGACUAUUACAUGACCAGUGCAAUGAUCCUACGGCCACUAAUAAAUCCUUAUACUCCGAACCGCCGACCCGGAAGCUUGAAACAUUUAUUGAAGCCAAAUAUGGAUCAGAAAGUUUUUUUUUUUGUGAAAGCUCAUGAAUAUAAUCAGAAAUCCCAGUUGGUAGCAUGCAUUUGUUGUCACUCUUCAGUUCCAUUUUUAUAAAAUUCUCUACAAACAGAUCUUAGAUAAGUCAAGUUGUCAAUGUAACAUUAAAUCCUUCACCAAUCGAUUGUUUUUUUUUUAAGAAUUUUUUUAAUAAAUGUCGAACUCCAUGGCAUUUGGAUCAAGAAACUCUAACAAAUAAUUAUUUAACACAAAGUGAACUCAGCAGAACAAAUUUAAUACCCGGGUGUUAAAACUUGCAGAAGUUUACCGUACACUUUCUGUACAGAUUGCGCCAAUCAUUACAGGGACAGAAAUUCAGCAAACCACAGAUUGCCUUUUUUCUCGUUCUUUUCCACGACAGCCCGUUCGCCGGUUCGCAUCGCUUCUAUAAAAAAAACACAAGUCAGUUAGGUUUAAUAAAAUUUUAUUAUUUUAA